AUGGUAGACUUGGCAUUACAACCAUGGGGAAAAUAUGAAGUUCUUUGGGAGAAAAAAACCAAUGUAAUAUUUGUAUAUGGAGAACGUCCAUCCUUUCAGAUUAUAAGGAUAUUUUUGUUUCUAACACCCAUUAUGGAAUGGCCUCCUCUUGGUAAAGUGUGGGUUGUUACAUCCCACUGGGAUUUCACAUCCACGCCCUAUCAAAAGACAUGGGAUAUGCAAACCUUCCAUGGUUCCAUAACAUUCACUGCUCACUCAAAUCAGCCACCAGGUUUCCAAAGGUUUAUUGAGGGGGUUACCCCAUUUAGGGUGAAAGAAGAUGGAUUUAUCCAGGACUUCUGGGAACAGACAUUCAGCUGUUCAUUAAAGAAGCAGGAGGAAGAUGAAACAGAAACAUGCACUGGGGAGGAGAAGCUGGAGAGCAUUCCUGGUAUUUUGUUUGAAAUGAAGAUGGCUGGCCAUAGUUACAGUGUCUACAAUGCUGUCUAUGCUGUGGCACAUGCUUUGCAUGACCUAUACAGGUUGAGAUUGAAGCAUAGAAGAUUGUUGCGAGAUGAGAGAUUCUUAUUUCAGAAUGUGCAACCAUGGCAGGUCCAUCACUUUCUAAGGGGCAUCAUAUUCAAUAAUAGUGCUGGAGAAACAAUACGUUUUGAUGACAAUGGAGAAUUAGUUUCAGGUUUUGAUGUUACAAACUGGAUGAUGUUUGCCAAUGGCUCGGUGAUUAGAGUGAAAGUUGGCAGACUAGAACCUCAGACACUUCCAGGCAAAGAGUUGAUGAUUCAUGAUGAUCAAAUUGUCUGGCACCAAACCUUUAAUCAGGUGCUCCCAGUUUCUGUGUGCAAUGACAAUUGCUAUCCUGGCUACAGCAGAAAAAAGAAGGAGGGAGAGAAAUUUUGCUGCUAUGAUUGUGUUCCAUGUCCAGAAGGGAUGAUUUCUCACCAGAAGGACAUGGAUGCCUGCAUCAAAUGUCCAGAUAGCCAGUACCCCAAAGAGGACCAAACUCACUGCAUUCCAAGGGUUCUAAGCUACCUCUCCUACAAAGAAGACUUGGGGAUCAUCUUAGUUAUCAUGGCUAUUUCUUUCUCUUUCAUCACCACUUUAGUCCUUGGAACUUUCAUGAAACACAACAACACUGCAAUAGUCAAAGCCAACAACCAGACCCUCACCUACAUCCUCCUGACCUCCCUCAUCCUUUGCUUUCUUUGCUCCUUUCUCUUCAUUGGACAGCCUGGAAAGGUGACAUGCCUUUUCCAACAAGCGGCUUUUGGCAUCAUCUUCUCUUUGGCUCUUUCCUCUGUAUUGGCAAAGACCAUCACUGUGGUUCUGGCAUUCUUGGCAAGCAAACCAGGUGCCAGGAUGAGAAAAUGGGUUGGCAAAAGAGUGGGAAAUUCUAUUGUUCUUUCCUGCACUUUCCUGCAAGCUGGUGUUUGCAGUCUGUGGUUGAGUAUUUCCCCUCCAUUCCCAGAUACAGACAUGCACUCAUUGGAUGGGAAAAUCAUACUUCAAUGUAACGAGGGUUCAACUGCCAUGUUUUACUGUGUCUUGGGUUAUAUGGGUUUCCUGGCCAUUCUCAGUUUCAUUAUGGCUUUCCUAGCCAGGAAGUUGCCUGACAGCUUCAAUGAGGCCAAGUUCAUCACUUUCAGCAUGUUGGUGUUUUGCAGUGUUUGGUUAUCCUUUGUUCCAACCUACUUGAGCACCAAAGGAAAAUACAUGGUGGCUGUGGAGAUCUUCUCCAUCUUAUGUUCCAGUGCUGCAUUACUGGGCUGCAUCUUUUUUCCAAAAUGCUACAUCAUUGUGCUGAGGCCUGAGCUGAACAACAGGGAACAAUUAAUACGGAAAGCAAAAUGA